AUGCCAUCUCUGCUUGCAUCAGCUCUAUCACCGCCUCCUGAUAUCAUGAACGAUAUUAAAUUGCACCCUCUGGAUCUUCCAGAAAUCAUCUCACAUAUUGGCAGAUUCCUCAGCCGAAAAGAUCUCUUGAAUUGUAUCCGCAUCUCGAGCACCUUCUACAAUACACUUAUCAGCUCCAUUUGGGGGAAGAUUAGGGUCGACUCCGAACAGCAUCCUGAACGUUUAACCUGGCCUACUGGCGAAGCAUUCGCUGUUACUCAAGGCGAUCAAGAGGUGUGCGAUGAGUUCUACAGGACAGUGUUCCUUCAACAUCCCUGGACAUUAACAAGUUUAUCAGUUUUGGCUUUCGCGUUCAUGAGUAUAAAGGAUGAGGAUAUGGCAGCACUCCUUAGGCGAAUGACUAAAGUAAAGCGGCUAGAUGUUUCAAGUUGUGAUUUCGGCCCACUCUCUAUGAGAGAAUUACUUUCAAGCGAGCAAGAGACUGACGGUAUUGUCCAAGCAGUCCUAACGAAUUGUCCAUCCCUGAAGGAGCUGAUAGGACCUAAAGUCACAGUGCCAGAGAUCAUCAAUGGUGCAGAAUGGGUAUGCACCAAGUUAACUGACUUGACCGUCUUUCUCGAAAAUGACAUCGACCAAGAGACUGCGGAAAGCAUGGAGCAGCAGCGGAUUGUGUUUAGAAAACUAGGCAAGUUGACGGAUCUAGAGGAACUUUAUUUAACAGGGUAUUGUAAAAACCGUGGGGAGAUGCAACCUGAGGAUGCAGCAUGGCUGUUGAAGAAUUGGCCGAGAAUUGAGUACCUGGAGGGACUCGUCAACAUUGAACCGAGUGUAUGCAAAUCGAUAGAUGAAAUACUUAGUCCACGUGUAUGGUUGAAUUAUUGA